AUGAACAGCACGUCGACUGCCUUCCCGCAAUCAACGGCUUCGGCUCAGUGUUCAAGAGCCCUUAACAACUCACAUUUCCGGGCCGUUUCUUACUUUUCUCUCAACACUCCCACUAUGCCCCUUGAAGAUUUUUUUUCCAAAAAAGAUAAAAAGAAAUCCAAAAAGAAGCAUAACCCUCAAGAUUUAAUCGAGCGGCUUACGAAGAACACUGUCUUUUCUUCAGAAGUAGAGGACGCACCUUCUGACGUCGCUAAGGUCACUAAUGUCCUCCGGGAUAAUGAUUGGGCGCUGAUAGAGGACGAAGAAAAGGAUAUCGACCUACAGAGUAUACGAAUUGGCAAGCUAGCUGUCGAAUCCUCUGAUGACGCCACGAAACCUCCCGGCAAAGAUAAACACGAUCAAGGUGCCGAACCCAGCGACGAAAAGCAUAAAGUUGUCUGGGGCGGAAAGCCGGCUGAAACACCGGUGGUAGAGGAACCGAAACCCGAGCCUGAGCCUGAGCCCGAAUCCACUGAACCCAAAGUAUACAUUCCUGUGCACCUUCGAAACCCGAGUGACAAAGGACCGAAGGGUCCGAAACCCAACUUUGAUAUUAUCGCUGAUUUCCCCACUUUGGACGAUGCUGGUGCGAUAGAACAACCAAGUAAAAAAUCCGUUGAUGAUGGCACUUGGAAUCAAGCUGGUGCUUCGCGCAAACCGACACGCGCUCCGGAUAUGCUUCCUAUUGCUAUCAAUCCCCCAACAUCAACUUACGUCCCGCCUAACUUGCGACAGAGCGCAGCUCCUUUUCAGCUUCCAAGGAACGAAGUGGUUUCUGAUUCCCGAGAAGUUCGUUUUCGUGACUCCAUGCCUACUCACUACGAGAACUCUGGUUUAGGUCGUCGAUCUGAUAUGUCUCGCAAUGUGCUUGCUUCCUCAGAUAACGACUGGCCUCGAGGCCAGCCCGUGAGAACUAGCCAUAUCCCCUAUGGCAGCUCUACCACCAACUCCCUCUUCACGACCACAUCUCGAUCCAGUUUCACCUUUGAUGUUUCUGGAUGGGACAAAGGUGCAAACAUGAAGACAUUCAGAGAACCAGAAGGAGAGAAAAAGGAAUUUGAAUUAACUCAAUCUAAUCGCUUUGCUGGUCUCAGUGGAACGUCGUGAUAUUAUCGGGGUUGUAAUUGACAACACUUUUUCCAUCCGUACGGUCAUCUUGCACAGCUGACACAACUGAGCCAGUUGUCAAAGUACUUUUACUAUCUCGACCCUGUGUACCUGGCCUCUUCGUUCUGCAUCGAGCUCUGUGACGCCAAUUACACUAAACGUGCCUUUGUUUCUUUGGAUUUUCUGCCUCCUAAAUUGGCUCGUCCCUAUCCCUGCCGCGAGCUACUCGUAUAUGGCACGUUGCUCUCGGACGGUUUUGUCAGAGUGUCUUUUGCGGUGUAACCAAUCGGCUUAUUUUCCACUGCUUCUUUGUUUUCGCUUGGCGAGGCACUUUUCGGUUAGCCUCGUUGGUUCACCUUUUCAUUCAUCUUGAUUCCGCGCUUUGUGCAGUAUGAACCGAUCGAUUUUCUUAUGCUACACCCUUCGCCUGCGGGUGAUUUGUGCUUUGUGUCUGAAAUAGAGUGAUGUCGUUUUAUCUGGCUACUUUGUAUCGGACUCUUAUUUGCAGUUGGAUUAUAGACCCAGAAGACCGUUGGUGAGAUAACCGCAAAUUUGAUUUCCAUCUGAGUAUAAAGAAACUCAGCUCUGGUCUACCAUUGUUCUUGCAACACUUGCAGCUAAGCUGUACACCACCAAAGGGACACUAAACUUCGCAUGCACACUAUUUCUACCAGGAUGUUGGUACGCUUAGCCAUGUUUCUCAAAUCCUUAAACGAAUAUUGAACGUUGUUGGCUGAGGUAUAUUGCUCAAUCAACGAAAUCGUUGCGGCUUCCGAAAAUUUCGUGCCUACCGUGUAACCCAUUGUUAAUAUUAAACCGUAUUCGGCCCCUGACCAUGACAGCAUGCUAGCUCGUCGAAAUUAUUUUACUAGCCGCGAUCCUUGCCUACAUAAAUUCUACCUGUGUAAAGCGUUCUCUAUUCAUUAACACGUCGUGCACCAUGACUCCGACUAAAACCCGUCCUUAUCUGCC